UUAAGAAGCUAACCGAAGAACGCCGGAAAAAAUGGCUUUCAAACCUACAUCUGCGGUCGGGAGGAGCAGAGUCGUCUAAUGCACGUGUCUGCAGCGACCACUUCAUCAGAGGGUGCCCUAGCGCUUUGGGUGACGUUGAGUCGGUAGACUGGGCUCCCACUGUUAGCCUCGGUUACCACACAACAAGUAAGCCCAGAUCAGAGGCAUCUCUUCGACGAGAGCAGAGGAUGGAGCUCAAGGAAGACCAACAAAGACAAUCAGAAUGUGCAGAGGCUUUGUUGGAUCUCCUGCAGACAACCGAGAGCCCAGAACCGACGCAACCCCCGUCUGACAGCCCACAACCAGAGGACACCAGUGGGAUAUUAAAUGACCAACAAGAUGCAGGAUGCCAGACUGAUUUAACGAUGGAGGACAUCGAGAGGAUGGAGGAUGUUCUGAGACAGAACACAACAGAGCUGGGAGAUCUUCGGACAAAGGCACUGGACACAAAGUUCAACCAGGAGUCCUUUGAGAACAACGAAGAGAAGACAAAGUUUUACACCGGGCUCCCCAACUUCUUAGUUUUACUUCAGGUUUUUCAACUGUGCGAGCCCUACAUCACCUGUGGCCCUAUGUCUGUGCUCUCCAAAUUUGAACAGUUCAUUUUAGUUUUGCUGAGGCUGAGACUAAAUCUCCCUCUGAAAGAUUUGGCUUUCAGGUUCAACAUCUCUCUCUCCACUGCUUCUAGAAUUUGGCAUAAGUUAAUUGACAUACUUCUUGAGAGUACAGAAUUUAUAAUUGAGGGGCCAGAGCGACAUGUACUUCAAGCUACAAUGCCAAUGGGAUUCAGACAGGCAUUUGGAUGUAGAGUUGCUGUGAUUGUUGACUGUUUUGAAGUUUUUAUUGAGAGGCCCUCUAAUUUACUAGCUAGAGCACAAACAUGGUCCAACUACAAGCAUCACCAUACUGUUAAGUUUCUGUGUCAGUUUCUGGGAUGUCCAAGGCAGGUGGCCUUGGGGGGCUCGGCCCCGAAACACAGACCACCAGAACAGAUAAGUCCACGUCUUAAAGACUGCACAAGCCUCUAA